ACUUAUAUUUUUUUUUGCUUUCUAUUUUCAGAGGUAUAUGGUAUUUUUAAUACGUUUUUACAAAGAAGAGAAACACGGAAUCAGUUGUUGGCUGGGACAGGACAAACUUUAGGUUUUUUAACCCCAAAAAUUGUGCAAUAAGUAGAAGCGAGAGCGACAGCAGAAAUCACUUGCAAUCCAUGUGAAAAGUGGAGCAAAACUUUAAUUUAGUUUAAAAUUAGCAUAUUCGAGCGUAUUCGAGCGUAUGUGCUGCACUGCAACAUUGGUUGUUGCAACAACGGAAGUCACACGCCGCCACCCAACACCUACCGAAGUGGUGGUUAAGGAGCUACUCAAGAAUCAAUUGAAAUCUUCAUCGAUCACAACAACAUUGAGCGCAGAAAGGCAGUGCCAACCGCGCUCCUCCAAAAGUGCAUAGCACAACGGUGGCCGAAACAAAGCGACGACCGCUGCAUUGAAUACAGCUGCAAAAGAGGCGGUAGCGAUUCUUACAAAAGCGUUGUUUACUUUACUACUAUAUAACAAACAUAGACAGUCCAGUAGUGGUCGGAACACCAGAGUGUGGUUAAGGGUGCGGCGUAAGCGGCCAAAAAUUUAGCUAGCAUGGAGUGCUGUUUAUCGGAGGAGGCGAAGGAACAGAAGCGCAUCAAUCAGGAAAUCGAACGGCAGUUGCGUCGAGACAAGCGCGAUGCUCGAAGGGAACUCAAAUUGUUGCUACUCGGCACUGGUGAAUCAGGAAAAUCGACAUUUAUUAAACAGAUGCGUAUUAUUCACGGCAGCGGUUACUCCGACGAAGAUAAACGGGGUUACAUUAAAUUAGUCUAUCAAAAUAUAUUCAUGGCCAUGCAGUCGAUGAUCAAGGCUAUGGAUAUGUUGAAAAUUUCUUACGGCAAAGAUGAGCACGGUGAGCUUGGCGAACUGGUGAUGAGUAUCGAUUACGAAACAGUCACCUCAUUUGAAGAUCCAUAUUUGUCAGCUAUUAAAACGCUGUGGGCGGACACUGGCAUACAAGAAUGUUACGAUCGACGAAGAGAAUACCAACUCACAGAUUCGGCAAAAUAUUAUCUGAUGGAUCUCGAUCGCGUGGCUCAACCAGAUUAUUUACCAACCGAACAAGAUAUUUUGAGAGUACGUGUGCCGACAACGGGGAUAAUUGAGUAUCCCUUCGAUUUAGAAGAGAUUCGAUUUAGCUAUCUCAGCGAUCUUCCGCGUAUCGAACUGCCAGACUUUCUGCCCACCGAGCAGGAUAUUUUGCGUGCUCGUGUGCCCACCACAGGGAUACUUGAAUACCCAUUCGACUUGGACGGUAUUGUAUUUAGAAUGGUGGACGUGGGUGGUCAGCGUUCCGAAAGAAGAAAAUGGAUUCAUUGCUUUGAGAAUGUGACAUCAAUCAUAUUUUUGGUUGCGCUAUCGGAGUACGAUCAAAUUUUGUUCGAAUCAGAUAAUGAGAAUCGCAUGGAAGAAUCAAAAGCUUUAUUUAGGACUAUUAUUACGUAUCCGUGGUUCCAAAACUCAUCAGUUAUUCUUUUCUUAAACAAGAAAGACUUGCUAGAGGAAAAAAUUAUGUAUUCGCAUUUGGUAGAUUACUUUCCCGAAUAUGACGGUCCACAAAGGGAUGCGAUUGCCGCCCGAGAAUUCAUACUUCGCAUGUUUGUAGACCUUAAUCCAGAUUCCGAAAAAAUCAUAUAUUCUCAUUUCACCUGUGCUACGGAUACUGAAAACAUUAAACUAGUGUUCUGCGCUGUAAAGGAUACCAUAAUGCAAAAUGCUCUAAAGGAAUUCAAUCUGGGUUAAAUGGUCAUCGUUAAUUGACGACUAACCGAAAUUGGACUAAACUAAACGCUUCAUGUGUUGCGCAUCUAAUUAUCUACAUACUUGCCUCUACCCAUCGCACCGUCUUGUGUAUUUGCUUCGCUACUUAAUACAUACGUACAUAUUACGAUUUUAACAAUCAACAUUGGCUUAUUAUGCUCGCAAAAAAAA